AUGGCGGAAGAAGUCGAAACAAUGAUGGAAGAAGUCGGAGCCAACGGUGCAGGAGCACCGGACAAUGGCGGCGGAGAGGAACACGAGCUUCUUACUCGAGAGGAUGUGGAAGCUUUUGUUUCAAAGACCAUGGAGGAAUACAAACGCAGCGAAGAAAAAGUAGAUGGACUGUGGAGAAUCAUCGUUGUGAUUGCCACUACUUGCAACCAGUCUACAAGCUUCAUGGCACCUGAAUGUAUCGAUUACUUGCUUGCUAGCUAG